AUGAGUGUCAUUGUCUACACUGCUUUCUCUUCGAACGAAUCUUCAACUAAUAGAAGACUGUUCAAAAGAAAAGCCAAAAAUAACAAAAAUAAUUCAAAUCAAGGGAACAAUGAUUUGACAUCUGCAGAAACAACCCAGGCCCCACCAGGGUAUGGCACGGCAGCUGCACCAGCAUUCUUAGGAGCUGCUAAUGAUACAGCCAGAAAGGAAUAUAUCGAACUGGAAAGCAAUCCAAAUCUGCCCGUUAGUGUGAAAAGGGUUGCUCAAAAAGCUUGGGCAGAAAAACAAGGCGGACAGUUAAAGGAACAUUACCUAAACUUUGUCAAAGAGCAAGAACAACUAGAGCAAAACGUAUGGGCACGAAUGGAUGGCAUUGUCUUAACACUUUCUCCUCAAGCUCAACAAGCCGAUAAAGAGAUUCGAGUAAUAAUGAGGAACACAACAAUGACAAAGAAGCAAAUUGACAAUGCUGUGGAAAAGAAGAUGAACGCUUUGCCCAAGAAAGUAUACUACGAGCUUGUUUUCGCAAACCAGCAAUAA